AUGGAGGCGGAGGCCUGUGAAUGCUCCCAGUUCAUUCUGCAGAGCCUCACGUCCUCCUGGUUAGAUCAGGACGUACAUCCCAAGCUUGAGCUCCGGGCUGCUUCACAGCGGCCAGGCUCUCGCUGUGCUGUGGCUGCUGCGCUGAGCCAGCCGGAGCUUCACUGUGAAGCUGUGCAGGCAGUUCCCCUUUCCAGGGAAGACAAACGAUUUCUCCUCGCCCAGGAGGUGGGUAGAAAUUCCCUCUCACUUUUCCCCUGCCAGCCGUUGCUGCAGGAGCAUCCUGGCGUGGCCUGCUCCCGGCAGGGACCCUCCAUCGUGACCCCUCCUAAGGACAUCUGGAAUGUGACGGGAGCACAGAUCUACCUGAGCUGUGAAGUCAUAGGCAUUCCAACCCCUGUCCUCAUCUGGAACAAGAUAAUUCGGGGACAGUAUGGUGUCCAGAGGAUGGAGCUUCUGCCUGGGGACCGGGAAAACUUGGCUAUCCAGACCCGAGGGGGUCCUGAGAAGCACGAAGUGACCGGCUGGGUGCUCAUAUCUCCUCUGAGCAAAGAAGAUGCUGGAGAAUAUGAAUGUCAUGCAUCAAAUGCCAAAGGAGAGGCAACAGCUUCUGCAAAAAUCCACGUUGUGGAAACUCUGCAUGAAAUAGCCCUGACCAAAGACGAUGGUGCUGAGCUGUGAUGUGAGGACUAUCACUACGCACAGUUUUAAGUUAGUAUUUUAGAAAGCUGCAAUCUUUGGCUUUUUCUAGCUCACUAAUUAUUCCCUCUUAACUCCCUUAUUCUUUGAUUACCAAUUUGCUUGCACACUUUCACAAAUAAAGAGGAUUCACAAGUUUGAUUACAAAUUUUAAUUCUAUUUACAGAAAAUAAACAUACUUUUGAACAGCA